AUGGCGCCACAGCCCGGCCUCGAGGUGCUGGGAGUCAUCAGAAGCGCGGCACCGACUCGCACUGCCCGAUGCGGAUGCGCCGAUAGACCGCCGCGUGCCUAUUACGCGGCCUAUUUCGAGCGCUAUAAAGUGCGCGUGCCCGGGAGCGCUUCUGUGACUCCUCUCCUUCCCACCCCCAUGUCGCUGCACACCACCCUCCUCCGCCUGCUCGUCCCGCUCUCGCUCGCGCUUGCCGUCGUCGCAGGCGCCGUUGCCUUCGGCGUGGACGGGCUCGUGCUUGGCACCGUCGACUCGGAUGCAGAGCUGCUCGUCGUGCGCGGUGCAGCGCUGUUGCUCGCUGCGUUCUGGGGCUGCGCCGCUGGUGCUGUCUACGGGUAUCUUAAGAAGAACAAGGCCGUCAAUGAUCUGGAGAGUGGUGUACCCCUUGAAGAAAAGGCUGUACUCCCCAUUGUGACGCCUGCCACCAACGCACCGUACAUCCCACCCGUCCAGCCCAUCGUCCCCGCACCAUUCCCCACCAUCACUCCAACGAGCACUACCGCUGCGUCGACUGCCCCGCGCUGUUCUCCCUCCCCGGCCAGCUCGCCGACCACAUGGAGGACUGCCACGGCUGGGCGCAGUACCCCGCCACGCCGGCCGCCAGCGACGGCUACAAGUGCGUCGACUGCCCCGCGGUCCUCCCCGAUGCCUUCGACCUGCGAAGGCACAUGCAGGGCGUCCACGCCUGGGGCUACGUCCUCCGCAUCCCGCCCGUCGUGGCGAAGUGCGCGUGUGUCGACUGUCCGCGCGGCUUCGCCGACAGGUCCGCGCUGCGGGCCCACCUCGAGGACGCCCACGGGCGCUGGCCGGACUCGGUCCCCCCCCUCGUGA